UAUGGAUUCAAAAUGGCGUCGAGAAGCAGAGAAUACGUUUUGGAUGAGUUGCUUUGUUUCCUAAGCAACCCAAUAUUUCAAGUUCCUGUUUUAACCUUUAUGGAAGAUAGGUGCAUGAUUUUUGAUCCAGAAAUAGAAGACUCUUCAGAAUAUCGCAAGACCCAUGAAGACUACAAGCGUUUGGUGGACCGGAUGCUGCUGUCCUUCGAGCAGGACACAGGUCUGGAUUACAAGGCCAUCAUGGGUGCAGUGCAAGAGAUGAAUGACAAGGAGGACAUCAGGACUGUGUUCCAGACUGUGCUGGAGCAGGUGAUGUCUUCGGUCGACUUUGGACUGUUUGUGCGAGUGAUGGCUCAUAAAAACAUUGUCCUCCAAGAGGAAGCCCUAAAGAUGAUCAUGAAGAAUCUCGGAGCCCUCCCCGGCAGUCUGACUCAUGUCAGCAAGGAGGAACCACGGAGGAUGAACACCAGGCAAAAGGAGGAAGAUGCAGUGCUAGCAGCAGCAAUGGAGAAAUCACGGCAGGAGUUUGAGAAUCAGAAACGUAUGAGCAGCCAGGAGGAGAAGGAGAUGAAGGCUGUGCUUGAAAUUUCAAUGUGUGAGGCCAAGCGGCUCAGUGACAGCAGGCAGGUGGAGGAGAAGAAGAUUGACAUGGCCCUCAAGAGUGGAUCCAGUGGUGGGUUUGGAAAUGUUGCAGUUGUCCCCCCUGUUUCUGCUGGCUCCCAUGAUGCAACAGUCCAGCCAACCAGUCCCAGCAAGCCAGCCACUGACCUCAGAUCUGCACCCAAAAUAGCUGCCAUGCCCGCUGCCUCCCGUCCACCACAAGCCACUGCUGCGUCCCCCAAAUCCCCCACGUCUGCCACUGGCUUUGCUCCACUUACAUCACCUGUGCAGAACAAGCAUGUGGAUAUGCCAAAGGCAAGUGGGGUGAGCAAUGCUGAUGCUGCAGCCAACUGGAUGAAGUCUGCCCAGAAUGAGUCCAGCUCCAGUGUCCAGCAGUCUGAGAGGUACCAGGCAAUGCAGAAAUCGAUGGAAGCAAUGUCACUGGAUGAGCGUCAACAACGUUUGAAAUUCCUGAAGGAGCAGAGGGACAAACUCGUGAAGAUGAAGAAGGAAGAGAGAGAGAAGCAGCUGAGACGAGUUGAGUCUGCUCAGCCGCAGCGGCCACAGUCAGCAAGGGCAGCUCGUGCUGCAAUGUCGGGCAAGACAGCUGAACCUGAGAAACGAGACCCUGAGAUGGAGAAAAGACUUGCUAUGAGAAAAGCCAUAGCUGACAGACUCAAAUCUGAAGUGAUUGGAUAGCUGAGCAUGUAUAGAUGUAACCCUGAGCUGAUGCAGGAGUUGAAGAUCGUCACCAUUAGAUGGCGCUGCAACUACUGUUCUCCACUGAAAACAACCGCCAACCAUAUGUUGUAACUGUGUUGUCUCGCACCAUAUGGAACAGACCAAUGGGUCACAGCCCGCACCGAAAUAGGAACAGACCAAGACAACAAUAUUCCGACGAUACCCUGCAAGAGAAUUAUCCGUCCUGGCACUCUGCUGUACCACAUCUAAAACUCCUGUCCAUUUGGCAUUAUCUUCCCAAGGGACUUCCCAAGGACUUGAAUGACUAUAAAAGUCCAGUUUUCAGCCUUGCCAACCUUCCUGGAAUUGUUUAGUUCUAUUUUGUCACACCUAACGAGUCUAAAUCAUCGUACCCUAAAGGACAUGUAACAAAAUUUGGAUCUGGUGUCCUGUCAAAUGAGCAUCAACUGGUAUUUUCCAAAUCUUUCUUUUUUCUUUAAAGUGGCUCAAGUGAGACCCGUUUUAUUACAAUAUAGAUCAUGAUUAUCAUUGUGAGUUUCUUGACUGCAACCAUUUUGUUUUAAUCACAUGCAAGUGAUAUGAGAGAUGGAGUCUGAUUGGGUAGGUCAUAGAAUUGACAACUGGUGGAGCUACCAUCAAGCCACAAGAUUCCACCCUAGUUUGGCAUGGAAAAAUGGUCUUUUAUCGUCAGUUGUUUUGGGAAGAUGAUGUUUCAUAGUCACAAUAGUUUUUGUCUUUUUAAAGGUAUAAUCUCUUUUACAUAAAACCGUCCAGAUAAUAUGUGACAGCUGAUCCCCUGCAUCAGUGAAGUGGAUGAGGCUUGAUGUCCAGUGUUGUAUCAGUAUUCAGCAUCCUCAGAUGCAGGGUUAACAUGUCAAGCUUACGGGGGGAACAUGUCCGUUUCUUCACUUCUACUUCAAUCAAGUUGUUUACUGAAUGUUUUGCUGGGUACCUGUAUGUAUGCCCAUGAAUGGAGUUAGUGAUAUAGCUAGUAAUGAUUUAUAUAUGUAGCAUAAUAUGUUCUGUGUAUGAUGAAAGCCUUGUGUUGAUGCAUGUGUAUGUCUGAAUGUAAGGAAACAUGGUAGUGAGAUGAGAUGGUGGAUGCAGUCACAGUUUGAUAUUAUCAUGCACUUGGUGAAUAUAGGGUAAAUACUAGUAGUACUUAGACUGUCAUCUCCAAUCCUAAUGGAGCUUAUGUUACAGCACAUGCUUCAGGUAUGGAUAUUUUGUUUGUUGUGUUGUGCUGUACUGAGCAACAUUCCAGCUGAAGAACGAUGGCCUAUAAAUAACUGGACCAUCAAUCCAGUGAUUGAUAUUAUGAGAACCAUUCCAUCAGGGUUCUGUGACACAAACAAAUCCUUGAACCUGACCAAUCAGUCCCACUUCAUCUUAUGAUUGGCUUAUGUUGCUCCAUCCUCGAUAAUCUCCAGGGUAAACGUUCCGAUAAAUCUCCACUAUACCCUGGAUGCAUCUACAUUUUAUUACCUCCCUUUGCUAGCUCUGCCCUCUGCCAAUCAGCCCUUACAACCAAGCUUGCCAGUGUCAACUAAGAUGGCAGCCGCACCUACGAAUGUUUGCUCGCUGUGUGACUCAGAUUUACGGGAAAAAUCAUACCGACAAAUUGGAAAGUCUGAAACAUUAAAAAAAUAUAUGCAAGAAGUCAUUCUACCUCUUUCAGAGUACCUCUGCAACAUUUGUGUUGCCAAGUUUAAUCGGUUAGAUGAAAGAAGCAAAAGUGAGUUGUGAUAGAAGCUCUGUGAUUGGUACACUCAAGUUUCCAGCGUAGACACCUGAUUGGAUAAAAAGCCAGCCAAGGGAGGUAAUAACAUUAUUGGGCCGAGCCGUAGAUGCAUCCAGGGUAGAGUGGAAAUUUAUCGGAAUGUAUACCCUGGAGAUUCUAGAGGAUGAGGUUGCUCAGGUCAAUUCUAACCUAGAAGCCCACAGGCUAAGGCUUUGAAUAUUAUACCAAAGAUGUCACCUCUCAUAACGCACAGUAGACACUAAUGGGCAUUUAUUUCCUGGGAAACCAUUUGAUUCUGUAGGUGUUCUUGACUGUUAUGUACAUAAAAGGUAAACAUCAAUGAGUGCAACUACUGACACUAAGAUGCCUGGAGUUAGCUCCCUUGCUUCAGUAGUACAAUUUUGUUGCCUUCUGCCUUCAUUAUCACAGAUGUUCAUCCUCAUUGAGUGUUUAACAUUCACACCUGGUGAAUCUAGAAUUCCAGUAUUACCAAGAUUACACCUUCAAGUGGUCAUUUUUUGUAGUCUGAAGUUUCAUGAAGCUUCGAAAUUGACAUCCCUAAUUUGUACCAGAUAGUGAAAUUCCAUUCAAAUUUAUAAGAGUGUGUCAAAUGGAACUGAAAGGAUAUCCAAACACACCUUUCCUGUGAAGUACAAAAUAUACACAUGAUGCAAUCACUGCUGUAAUUUCCAUAGAAGCAUGCACACUAAUUGCUACCAAGGAGAAACAGGACUACGAAACUCACCAUCCACACCCUGUCAGCUUCAUCAAACUUCACAAUUGUAGCUCCUAUUUUCAAACAUAGACCUUAAUACUAUGCAUGUUAUUGCUUUAUGGGACUCUAUCCUGAACUGGAUCUAGAGGAUUCGAUCCUGAACUAGGUCUGUGUAAUACAAUCCUGAACCGGAUCUAGAGGAUUCGAUCCUGAACUAUGUCUGUGUAAUACAAUCCUGAACCAUAUCUAGGAUAUUCAGUCCUGAACUAGGCCUGUGUAAUGCAAUACUGAACUAGAUCAAGGGGCAUUUAGUCCUGAUCAGGUCUGUGUGAUACAAUCCUGAACCGGAUCUAGAGGAUUCGAUCCUGAACUAGGUCUGUGUAAUACAAUCCUGAGCUGGAUCUAGGAGAUUCAGCCCUGAACUAAGUCUGUGUAAUAGAAUCCUGAACUGGAUCUGUGUAUCACAGUCCUGAACUUGAAUUUGGGCUGCAAAUAUUACUAUGUGAUGUUACUUGUGUCCACCUAAUCAACUACUGGUAUCGUUGUCCAGAGCUAAGACACGUGGAGCAACAGGACCAGUGAUCUUCGCUGCCUCUAAUGUUAAGCUUGUUCCACAGAUGGAACUGGUUGUGUAUGCCUCUCAUAUUAAGCCUGUAUGAAAAUGUGAUGUGAAACCGUCCAAUGUUUAUUUGUUUGUUGUUUAUGUUUGAUGAGUUACUUCAGAUGGGAUUUGUUGUCAUUAUGAUUGUUUUAUUUCUUUAACAUUCCAUGUAUUUUCUCACUGAUGUUGGGCAAUCUUGGAGAAAUAGGCCUGUGAACAACUGGUCGCGUUUGUUGCAGAGCAUCUCUGACCGUCUACAACGUGAUGUAGGAUCAUAUGAUCUUUGCUUGGCAUUUAGAAGCUUGGAUAACAUGAAGACGUGGAAGUUUUACGGAUAACCUUUAUGGGCUACUCUUUGCCUCUUGAGGCCAAGAGGGGGCGGUGGGGUAGCCUAGUGGUUAAAGCGUUGGCUCGUCACGCCGAAGACCGGGUUCGAAUCCCCACAUGGGUACAAUGUGUGAAGCCCAUUUCUGGUGUCCCCCGCCGUGAUGUUGCUGGAAUAUUGCUAAAAGCGGCGUAAAACCAAACUCAGUCAGUCAGUCUUGAGGCCAAGAAGUAGCCCAAUGGUUAAAGUGUGUGCUUUAAGCCAGGUUGAAUUCUCCAAAUGGUACAGUGUGUGGAGGCCAUUUCUGGUGUUCAAGAAUAGUGCUAGAAUAUUGCUAAAAGCGGUGUAAAACCGAACUCGCUCUAGUUUCUUCAUUGGUUAAUAUGUUUUGAGAGACAUUUCUGGGCUUCUUCCAUUUACAUGAGCUUUGGUCACCCAAAAAUGGUUUUGUUCCCUGAAGAAGGGGCAAGGAAACAGCUCUGGAAAUUUGAACUUCUUGUCAAUAAAAUUUUCAUGUCUUCAUGGGCCAUGAAACCGUCCAAUGUACAAAAUGUUUUGUUUCCUGAGGACUGCACACUUUCAGUGUUCACACAUCUGAAUUCUAUACAUGUUUUUGUUAUUAUGCACUUAGUUGUUGCCACAACCACUGUGAUAUAUCUGUUCAUAUCAUCCUGUGCAAUAAAUAUUUUACACAGCUA